GUUACUACAGCUGCCAUGCAGAAAAACCCAAACCCGAUGAACCCAAGCGUGCUUGGCGUUGAUGUGCUCCACCGACAUAUAGAUCCUUCUGGAAAGCUGCACAGCCACAGGCUUCUCAGCACUGAGUGGGGACUGCCCUCCAUUGUGAAGUCUCUUAUUGGUGCAGAAAGAACCAAAACGUAUGUGCAGGAGCAAUCUGUGGUUGACCCUGUGAAAAAGACAAUGGAGCUGAGAUCUACCAACAUUUCAUUCACUAAUAUGGUUUCCGUAGAUGAGAGACUUACAUACAAGCCACAUCCUCAGGACCCAGAAAAGACUGUUUUGUCCCAGGAAGCCAUCAUCACUGUGAAAGGCGUCAACUUGAGCAGCUCCCUCAAAGGACUGAUGGCCAGCACCAUAUCUUCCAACGCGAGGAAAGGCCGAGAAGCAAUGGAGUGGGUGAUCCGUAAGUUAAACGCCGAGGUUGAAGCACUGGCCGCUUCGGCAAGAGGAAGCAUGAGGGCUUCUAUAGCGGUGGCUGCGCUGGGCGAAGAGUGA